GUUAGCCACUUAAAGUCCUCAAAUGUUUGUGUUUGGGUUAGCUAGCCAACAUCGACUAGCUAGCUGCCGUGCUAUGUAUUUAGUUAGCGUUAGUUCGGAUCGCGAUUCAGAAGUUAAUGCAGGCUAUACUACCCCACAAAGAACAGACUAAUUGUGAUAUAUUUGUCAACUAACAAGACCUAAAUAACUUAAGUAUUUGCAUGGAACAUAUAAACAUCAUCCACCAUUCACCUUCCCGGUUAUUCUUGAUAGCUGAGAAACGGCUUAGCUAGCACCAGAAGCUAGUUAGCUAGUUAACGGUAACUUGGUUGCUAACGAGGGGCUCCCGAACCAUUGAUAUUUUCACCAUUAAGUUAUCGUUAAAAGUAGCCACUCGUACUGCCAACUAACGUUGAAUGGUAGCGGUAGUGUUUAACAUUAACUGUUUUCGUGCACUGUGUGUGAGAGAGUGGUUAUUUAUGCAAGCGAAAGUCAAGUUGACCACAAAGUUGUAACGUUAAACCAUGAUUAACAACCCUACCAAGUUAAACAGGAAAACAAAAAUAGUGAAUUGCAAAAGUGAUUGAGUAGCAGCCAGUCUUGAACAAGUUAUGAGCACAAGUUGUCUUGCUUGUGGACAGGGGAUGCACAUGAAACUACAUUUUAUUGACUGCUGUGUAUGGAAUCCUGCAAGGAUUGUGUAAACUAAGUUGUCAACCAGACUGGCACAACAGACAUUGUUCUCCAGGUGAAACUAAGUGGACAUCAUUAAAGGGGGCUCCAUAGCACUUGGAUCUGUUCUUAUCUGUCCCAGGUUCAGACUGCUUGGUCUAUGGCUCUGAUGGACAAACACAAACAGGUCAAGCGACAGAGACUUGACCGCAUUUGUGAGGGUAUCCGACCCCCCAUCCUGAACGGGCCAAUGCACCCGCGGCCCCUGGUGGCCCUGCUGGAUGGGCGCGACUGCACUGUGGAAAUGCCCAUCCUCAAAGAUGUAGCCACAGUGGCCUUCUGCGAUGCCCAGUCCACACAAGAGAUUCAUGAGAAGGUGCUAAAUGAGGCAGUGGCUGCCCUGCUCUACCACACCAUCACUCUGUCCAGAGAUGACUUGGAAAAGUUUAAAGGCCUACGCGUAAUUGUCAGGAUUGGCUCCGGCUUCGACAACGUUGACAUCAAAGCAGCUGCUGAGUUAGGCAUUGCUGUCUGUAAUGUGCCAGCAGCCUCGGUGGAGGAGACAGCCGACACUUCGCUAUGUCUGAUCCUUAACCUGUACAGGCGAGUCACCUGGAUGCACCAGGCCCUCAGGGAGGGAACCCGUGCCUCUAGUGUGGAGCAGAUCAGGGAGGUAGCUGGCGGUGCUGCUCGUAUCCGGGGAGAGACGCUGGGUAUUAUCGGUCUAGGGCGUGUUGGCCAAGCGGUGGCUCUGCGGGCUAAGGCCUUUGGUUUUGGCGUGAUCUUCUAUGACCCCUAUCUGCCUGAUGGCGUGGAGCGCUCACUGGGCCUGCAGCGCAUGGCCACCCUGCAGGACCUGCUCAUCCAUUCUGACUGCGUAUCCCUGCACUGCAGCCUCAACGAGCACAACCACCACCUCAUUAAUGACUUCACCAUCAAACAGAUGCGUCAGGGAGCUUUCCUAGUGAACACAUCAAGAGGCGGUCUGGUUGACGAGAAAGCAUUGGCUCAGGCCCUGAAAGAGGGCCGGAUACGAGGGGCUGCCCUAGACGUCCAUGAGGCAGAACCUUUCAGUUUUUCAACAGGCCCUCUGAAGGAUGCCCCCAACCUGAUCUGUACCCCGCACACAUCCUGGUACAGUGAGCAGGCCUCCAUUGAGGCUCGCGAGGAGGCAGCCAGGGAGGUUCGCCGUGCCAUCACCGGGCGUAUCCCUGACAGUCUGAAGAACUGCGUUAAUAAGGAGUAUCUGAUGGCAGCCUCUCAGUGGCCCAGCAUGGAGGCAGCUACUGUUCACCCAGAACUUAAUGGAGCCACUUACAGAUUUCCUCCAGGUCUGAUCAGUGUUGCAGCAGCAGGGGGUCUCCCCGGAGCUGGCGCAGGGGUUGAAAGCCUGGUUUCAGGAACCCUGGCGCACGGCAUCGCCCCCGUCUCCCACCCCCCUCACGCCCCCUCCCCGGGGCAGCCUACUAAGGCUGAAGCCGACAGAGACAUCCCCUCCGACCAAUAGCCCCUCCUGCCGCCGCCAGCACAUUCCGUCACAUCUGGAAACCAACCCCCACCUCCACCUCCCAGCAUCAGACACAGCCCGACCCUCCAGUACAUCGGCAGCGCCAGUUUGACCUGAUGUGGAUCUACACGGUCUUGUUUCUCAGAUCACAUAACCAGCCCAGGAGUGACUUAUCCACAGCUAGCCCCAUCCCAUCCACACCCCAAGAACACACACAUCCCUCCAUCUUCGUCCUCAUCUCACCCAUUCACCCACCAUCCCCUCUCCCCUUCACUCCCCCACGUCAGCAAUAACUGUGUUCUCAAGGAUUCAAUGAUUGGAUUGGUUUAUAUCCUUAGUUGGCUGUUGUUUUAAUGGAAAGUUGAUCUGUUGUGGUUCUAGGUGUUAAUGUUUGAUUGUUUAAAAAAAAAAACACAAAAAAAAAGCAUUUCUGACAUGGGGCUUUACAGUCUGCUGUCUCCCGCAGUUCCUCCGACUGACCAGUAGAGGCACAGAGGCAGAAAGGUUGAAGCCCUCCUUUGUACAUUAAUGGCUCAUGUUACUGCUCUCUUCUUCUUCUUUUCUUUUUUUUCUCCCCCCUCCACCUUUCUUGAGAUGGGGGAAAAUGUGUACUAAAGUAAACCAGACAGAAUCACAAACAGUACAUCCUGUCCUCUCCAUCAGGCAUCUCGCUACCCCUCAGCCCAGUUUGGCCCUUGGGCUCUCCCUGGCACUGUCGUCAGCUUGCUCAGCAGAGGGAUCCAUAAUGCUGUCAGUGUGGAGCUCUCAGACUGUCAAAGUGUAUUUUAUCUACUCAGCUCAUACUUCAGAUAGUGAUACCCCAGAUCCUUUGUCACCUUUUUACUGCUGCGACUGUCUAGUUUUAGGACUGUCCCCCCUUUAUUUACACAUGCUUUGCCCCUCAUGGAUUGUUUUGUCAUGAGAUAAUAGCUCAGAGCGUCAUAUCAGAGAGCGCCUAGGCUUUAAUUUCCAUCUCACGCCAGCAGCCAGAGUGCUAUGUGUGAGGUCUUUACACCUGGUGCCCACACAGAAUAAAACGCAGCAGCUUUUUCUUGCUGGAAAAACAGCAUACCAGAGGCCUCGCCAGCAGAGGGCACUCUCUGACUGCUCAGAGCUGAGAGAGUUGCACGCAGCUCAUUUCAGCCAAACAGAUGGACAGUUAUAGGUUAGCUGUAGUGAUGAAGAACAUGAUCACACACUGCCGUCAUUCAGAACACAGGAUGGGUGACCCGGGAUCGACUACCGCCUUAUUGUUUAAUAAGAUCUCACUGCACCCCACCACCACUACCCUGCACUCACCCUCCACUCCUCUCCCACUGUCAUGGCCCACCCUACACAUCUGCUCAUGAACCAGUAUGCAUCCACCAAUUCCUUUAAGCGUGAGGGGACAGUAGAGUUUAGAUUCCCUGUAGGAGCAACGGGACAGUGUUAUUGCAUGCUGGCUUUGUUAUUGACAGUGGUGUGUGUGUGUGUGUGUGUGUGUGUACGUGUACAUGCGUGUGUGUGUGUGUGAGGGUUUGUGUGUGUGUUUGUAUGUUCCCUCACCCUGUUAUGAUAACAAGCUAUUGUCUUUCCAAAGGAAUAGUCCCUAGGAGUAACUCUUUAACGCUGUUGCCCUGGUGUCAAGGGAACACCUUUCUAGUACCUCAGUAACAGAUAUUGAAUGUACCGUGCAUACCCUUUUUAUUUUUUGUACAGAUUUUCUAGAUACUUCUUUACUAUUCUUUACCAGAAGGGUUGUGAAAUUGUAGCAGUAAUGAUACAAUAAAAAUUAAAAAAACAUUUCCCCAUGAAAUAAAUUGACAAAAUCUAUUUAGGUUCGCUAUAGAUCACUGAAUACUCAGGCUUCAAAACCAACGCGUAUCUUUGCCUUUACCUUUUUAUUUCCUCACUGUGGAAAGCAACGCUUUCCCAUUCUUAGACUUCAGACUGUAAUUGAUGUGUUUCGACUUCCAUCUUACUGGCUAAAGAAAAAUAAGGAAAAAACAAAAGGCGGUCGCCAUGGUCUGCUUGUUUUCUUUUUGUAGAACAGUAGUAGUAGAUGCAGUUUUGUUUUUGCCCCCCCCCCGUCAUUGUCAGGCUGCUCUAUCUAUAGUGCAUGUGAGGUAUUUUUUUAGGGGAAAUACUAUUGGCUUAAAGAAUUUGUGUCAUCUUGCUGUUUCCCUCUGCUCCCCAGCCUUUUCCCCCUCAGAGUGUUUUCAACCCGAGUUGCCAUUUUUGUCGUGGUCAGUUUCCAGUGAUGUACAUUUUCCCCUCAGAGUCUAUGAGAGACAUGGAGCAUGUCUGUGUCCAGAGAUGCCAGGCUCCUCUGUCAUGUGAUGAGUAUAUAUUUUUUAAAAAUAACCCCCAUAGUUUGGAUUAUGAGCAUAAUAGUAAUCUUAAAUUUUGCUGUUGAUGAUUAUAUAUAUUUUUUUCAGUUCAGCAGUGCACUGUUAAGAAAACCAUUCUGUUUUAUUGUAGGAUUUAAUUUUUAUGGAUAUGCUGUCUGUGUUCUACAUGUUGUACUGAAACAUUUCAAAGAAAACAAAAGAUCCCUCUCCUGGUGUUUCUUUUAAUAUAAUUCUUUAAUUUCUUUUUAUUUUAUUUGUCUUAUCCCAACUGUCCUUUCCAGCUGAUAUCCUCUGGGCCUUACUUAUUCUCUCCCUGUAAAAGUAGCUGUUAUAGAAAGUCGCCAUGGAACCACUCACUGCCUUAAUACAGUUGACCACAGCAGGUAAAGUCAGGAGACACACCCAGUCGAAAAGAACAGGCCUCAAUCGAGGCCACUUCGCAAAAAGCUCCUCACACCCCGGCAGGCCUAAAUCUGCAGCACCUUGCAUUUCUUUUUCAGUGAUGAACCACAUUUAGCCUUGUGUAGACAGUUUGUUUUUGGCUCAAAGACAUAACUCCAGUGUGAAUGAUUACUGUGCACUCAUAAGAUGUUUUUUUUUUUUUUUCAUUUUAUUUUCAAUAUUUCUAGUCAGCCCGGCAGUGUGUAUGUGCGUAGGCUAACAGAUAAGCACAGUUUGUAUGCUCACAAAGCCACAGCUGAUAUUUCACUCUUGGGUGUGAGAAUGCACCCCCUGCCCACCACCACCACUCUGGGGCUCUAAUAGCGUCUUUCACAGUGCAGCCAGAGCCAUAGUGGGGCUGGGGAAGGGAGGGGGAGCAUAGCAGACACUGGUGUGGUCUGUCCAAAAAAAAGCAGAAAAUUAAGAAUCGGUCACUUUUUCUCUCAGGGUUCAAACGCACACAUAUCCUCCAGCAGUCGCCUCUGUCUCGUGUCCCUGUCGUUACCGCCCUCAGAAUGUAGAACAGCCUCUUGCGUUUUUAGAAACCCUCGUCCCCCCUUUGUGCACAGGUCUGAACUUUAUUUUUAUUUCUGUUUUGCUUUCUUUUGGCACUGACAUCUAACCAUCUAACAAGGAAUGAAUGAAUGAAUGUUGAAAGUGACUGUGUAAUGUUAAAAUUGGGAAAUGUAUUUUUACAACAUGUGAACGUGUUUUUUUUCCACUCACUCUCAUUGUGAAUCGAUUUUUUUUUUCUUUCACCAGACUGCAAAAACAAACAAAAACACAACAACAAAAAAAAUCUCCUGUAACUAGGCUCUUAAGCUUUAUUUUUGUUUUUUGUUUACUUUUUUAUUAGAAACAAUCAUGUUUGUGAUGGUAACUUCCAAUGGUAAACUCCACACCGUAUUUUAAUAAAAUCUUAAAAAUUAAA